AUGGGAAAGUUCAUGAAAUCCGGGAAAGUGGUGCUGGUCCUGGCUGGAUGCUACUCUGGAUGCAACGCAGUCAUCAUGAAGAAUAUUGACGAUGACACCUCCAAUCAUCCCUACAACCAUGCUCUGGCAACUGGAAUUGACUGCUACCCAUGCAAAGCGACAGCUGUCAUGGGUGAGAAGAAAAUUGCCCAAAGAUCAAAGAUCAAGCCUUUUGUAAAGGUUUAUAACUAUAUUCACCUCAUGCCCAUAAGAUACUCUGUGGAUAUCCCCUUGGACAAAACUGUUGUCAACAAAGAUGUCUUCAGAGACCCAGUUCUGAAAUGCAAGGCCAGAUGGGAGGCCAAGGUCAAGUUUGAGGAGAGAUACAAGACAGGUUAG